UCCCGCGCUUCCGUCUCCGGGACGCGCCGGCUCCCGCUGCUGCCGCCGCCACCGCCGCUGCUGCUGCUCGGAGGCUGGAGGCGCCCGCCGGGCGGUGUCAUGAUGAGGAGCUUCUCAGAAACAGAAGUGGAUGAUGAGUGGAGAUGAAGAAAUCAUACAUUUAAGAAGUUGGCUCAAGUUUCCGUUACAGGCAUGGAAAGUUUCUGAGACCAAGCCAUGCGAGAAGAACAUGAGUAAAGAAGAGGGAGAUGUAGACCCAGACUUUCUAGAAGGGAUUGCAGGAUUUGAGAGGACGCUGCACAAACGUCACUGCCCACCCCCAGCAGAAUUCUUUGCUUAAGAGGAGGCAGAUUUUCACCUACUGAAUAAGAGUCUGGACUCGCAUUGAUGCUUCUCAGUGUUGUCUUGUGUGCUCUCCUCCUGUGCCGGAGUGAAUUUUAUCCCCGGACUGCCUGGUGACAGAACAUCGCAGUCCUACCGGUUUGGAAGCAAAAUAUGGAAUGUGUUUCACUGCUGACCGAAGGCAGCCAAAUGAACAGUAUUUAUAGUAGUUCGAAAAUCAGCAGUUAGCAGUUUCUUCACAUUCUAACACUACCCAGCACUUUCCAGAGAGAACUCAUUGUUUACAAGAAAUCUGCUUUCCAAAUCCGUGGCGGUGCCCUCCAGCCUUGACUAUUAACUAUUUGCAAAGGGGAAGCUAAUCUACACUUUGGGGAAAGAUGGCAAUGGAUGAGUACCUGUGGAUGGUCAUUGUGGGUUUUAUCAUUGCUUUUAUUUUAGCUUUUUCUGUCGGUGCGAAUGAUGUUGCAAAUUCUUUCGGAACGGCCGUGGGCUCUGGUGUUGUUACUUUACGCCAGGCUUGCAUUUUGGCUUCAGUUUUUGAAACCACUGGCUCAGUGUUACUGGGAGCGAAAGUAGGAGAAACAAUUCGGAAAGGUAUCAUUGAUGUUAACCUGUACAACAACACUGUCCCGCUGCUGAUGGCAGGAGAAGUGAGUGCAAUGGUUGGUUCUGCUGUUUGGCAGCUAAUUGCAUCGUUUUUGAAGCUCCCAAUAUCAGGGACCCAUUGCAUUGUAGGUGCUACGAUUGGAUUUUCUCUGGUGGCAAUUGGCACGCAGGGUGUGCAGUGGAUGCAGCUUGUCAAGAUUGUUGCCUCUUGGUUUAUUUCCCCACUGUUAUCUGGCUUGAUGUCUGGAAUCCUAUUUGUGCUGAUCAGAUUCUUCAUUUUAAACAAGGAAGACCCCGUGCCCAAUGGUCUCCGCGCGCUCCCGGUGUUUUAUGCUGCUACCAUAGCUAUUAACGUGUUUUCUAUCAUGUACACUGGGGCUCCAGUACUGGGACUGAUCCUGCCAAUGUGGGCCAUUGCUCUAAUAUCAAUUGGUGUGUCCUUAGUGUUUGCUGUCUUGGUCUGGAUUUUUGUGUGUCCCUGGAUGAAGAGAAAAAUAGAAAGCCGGUUAAAGAAAGAUGCUGCACUGUCAAGGAUAUCAGAUGAAAGUCUUGAUAAAAUUCAGGAAGAAGAAACACCAGUCUUUAAAGAGCUUCCUGGUGCCAAAGCAUCUGAUGAGAGCACGAUUCCCCUUACUGGCUCAGUAACAGAAGCUGCUGGGGCAUCAGAUAAUAUUGCAAAUGGAAACCAUCCACGUGUGCCCUAUGGAAGGGCAUUUUCGGUGACGCACACCUCGGUGAAAUCACCUGUUUCCAACGGCACCUUCAGCUUCGAUGGCCACGUGAGGAGCGAUGGCCACGUGUAUCACACUGUGCACAAGGACUCAGGUUUAUACAAAGACUUGCUCCACAAAAUACACCUGGACAGGGCCAACGACGAGAGGCCCACUGCAGAAAACAACUACAAACUCCUACGGCGCAACAACAGCUACACCUGUUACACUGCUGCUAUCUGUGGCAUGCCCGUGCAUUCCUCCUUUAAGGCAGCAGAUGCAUCUACUCCAGAGGACAGCGAGAAGCUGGUGGGGGACACUGUUUCCUACUCCAAGAAGAGAGUCCGCUACGACAGCUACUCCAGCUACUGCAACGCAGUGGCGGAGGCGGAGAUUGAGGCGGAGGAAGGCGGGGUGGAAAUGAAGCUGGCCUCUGAACUCGCGGAUCCCAACCGGCCCCCCGUUGAUCCCGUGGAAGAGGAUAAGGAAGAGAAAGACACCUCUCAGGUCCAUCUACUUUUCCACUUCCUCCAGAUCUUAACAGCCUGCUUUGGAUCCUUUGCCCAUGGAGGCAAUGAUGUCAGCAAUGCCAUCGGUCCCCUCGUCGCACUCUGGCUUAUCUACGAGCAAGGUGCCGUAAUGCAGGAGGCAUCCACUCCCAUCUGGCUGCUGUUCUAUGGAGGUGUUGGCAUCUGUGUGGGCCUCUGGGUCUGGGGAAGAAGAGUUAUCCAGACUAUGGGUAAAGACCUCACUCCAAUCACACCGUCAAGUGGAUUUUGCAUUGAAGUAAUGUGUGCGCUAACGGUACUUGUAGCCUCAAAUGUGGGUAUUCCAAUAAGCUCCACCCAUUGCAAGGUUGGCUCCGUGGUGGCCGUGGGCUGGAUCCGCUCCAAGAAAGCCGUGGACUGGCGCCUGUUCCGCAACAUCUUCCUGGCCUGGUUUGUGACUGUGCCCGUGGCCGGCCUGUUCAGCGCCGGCGUGAUGGCGCUGCUGAUGUACGGGAUCCUGCCUUACAUCUGAGGAGCUUCCUCUGCUGGGAAAAGGGGAAAUGGCCGAGCUACAGCCCAUGGGAGAAGCGUUCCCGUGAAAGAAGCAGUCGGAGAGGAUCCAUCUUCCAUACCUAACUUCUUAUCUACUGUACAUAACAAUGUGUCAUAUUGGUGACAUGGUGAUGUGGUGCCAUUUCUUAUAUAUUAAAGAAAUAUAUAUGCAUAUAGUAGGUAACAAUACCUAAGUUAUAUCAUCAGUGGGGUGAAAAUAAUUGCCUAGAACUUAAUAUUUAGUAAAAUUUGUACAUAGUGUAUCAUUUUGGUGGCUAUUUUUUAAUCUUUUGAAGAAGAGUAUGAAUUAGGAAAUGUUUCUUGUCCAUUUGAUAUAAGAAGAAGCGAGGUACAGGACUGCGUAAUACAUGACUUUUUUUAAAGCUAUUAAGAUACUGGAACAAAAUAAAAUGUGCAGAAGUGCUUUUCAUGAAAUAACUUUGUUCAUAUCAUCCUGAUUUUCGUGUAUCAUAGCGUGAUGGUUAUGGCUGUGUAAAUACUUAUGAACAGUAACUUUUAAAUGGUGCAUUUCCCUUAUAUAUUUUGGAUAAGAAAGUUUAGGAAGUACCAAAGAAGCAGGGGAAUAGCUUGCCGAUAUUAUGUUGUUGUCUCCACGUGUGUUGUGUUUCCCCACCUCUGAUUCAACGUUGUUUCACCAAGCUCUGGCCAGUGAGGCCGGGGUAGUACUGUUCAUGUCUUAAUGUAACUUUAAAAAAGAAAAGCGCACACAAAAAAUUAGUUCUCGUACUUAGUAGGCAGCCCAUGGCUCUCCACAUUAGCUGAUAGUAGACUGACUUCAUUUUGUGGGUUGAUACUCGAGUAUCUCACUGCUCACCUUCUACCUUCCCCCUUCAAGUGUCAGCUCCCGGUUGCCCUGCUGUGGGUUCCUGCGGAGCGCCAGCCUCCCUCCUCCUCCUCUCCAUCAGACACAGCGCACUCUCAGGUACAGGAGCGGGGCCUGGGGCACCCCCGCGUGCAGAGGGAAGGGCAGCAGCGGCGGGACAGGGCUCAGCCCUGGCUUUGUGCCUGGCGGCCAUGGGCGCCCACAGGAGUGCUGAUCCAUGCAGGGGAGGGCGUGAGCAGGUGCUGCCUCCCCCCUGGCAAGUGCCGUGCCAGCCACAGCCAGCCAGCCUCCUGCUGUGCUCCUGCAGCAGGGAGGGGACGGGGGCCUGGCCCUGUGUGGAUGGAGGUUGAAUGGUAACCAGCAUUUGGGAUGAGAUUUUUUUCAUGGCAGCUCAGGGGAAAAUGGCCAGCUACAUCCCCUGCACGCCUUUGGAAAGCACAUUUGAGUGAAAGUUACUGAUUUAUGUGUGGGAGGCAAAGGGCAAGGGGUGCCCAGAGGAGGUUGGGAAUCUAUUACUGUUUAAAUGCUGCUAAAAUUUUGAUAAAAUGUUCUUGGUACUCCAUUGUGAUUUUUCCAUUGGUCAUUCAUACCAAAUUUAUAAUAAAAAGAUAAAC